GCAAACGCUCCCUGCCAUGUGAUCAACUCCGGAAGUAAAUUGUACAUAGAACUUGACCUAGACACGUACAAUUCAAACGGAGUUAUUUCUAAAUUUCUUUACAUAAUGAAACAAAAUAUGUAACCUAUACACCAAUAAUUCACUGUGACUUUGUGGGUAGUCGUUGCUUUUUCAAAUGGAUAUUAACUUGCUUUAUUGGAAAAACGAGGGCAAGACAUUCCUCAGUCGACUACGCCUCUGGUUUAAUAUUCUUGACCCAAGUUCCUUGCUCUGCUCUGAUAUACCUCGCAAAGCAACGGCUGCUAUCUAUGUCACCUCGCGAUCAAGGCAUUCUUCUCUCUUCAGUAGCAGGUGUAAAAAGAAACACAAAAAGAAAAGACUGAAAUAGAAAAUGCCCACUCACUCAUUGGAAGUGUGGAGAGAAUGGUGCAAGAUGAAAAGGCUGGAGAUGCAGCAUGGGUACUUUCUCUUUCUUCUGUUCAUGCUGGUACUGGUGCUAUACUUCCAGCUGUUUUCCGUCCUCAAGCAUUUUUACCAAUAUCGGCCCCUUUGGUUGUAGCCAGCUUUUUGCCACACAGUGGAGUCAAACCGGCUCUAUUCUGGCAGUUUUUGCUUCAGAGUUACAGCGCUGGAUUCAAUCAUGCAAACAGAAAUGCAUCUUCUGACAAGGGCAUUAAGACCUCUUUGAAGCAGGGUCUGUUGAUUGUCGGAUCAGUUGCAUAUGCAACAUGUGCAGGGGCAAUUCCUCAAAUAGUCAUACAGCGACUUAGCAUGAGCAGCCCAGCUGUCCAGAUGUUUUUUAGGUCCGUAUUACCAAUACCCCUCUCAGCCUCCCUGGCCUAUUUCAAUGUGGUCAUUGUCAGAAGUGAGGAGUCUGAGAAUGGAAUCCAGGUGUUUGAUUCCAAUGGGAAUUCUGUUGGAAUCUCUCAGGCAGCUGGAGCAAAGGCUGUGAGGGAGACUGCUCUCUCCAGGGCUGCUCUGUUAGGCACUACAGCUGCUGUUCCUAAUCUUCUUAUUUUCCUCUUGCAAAAGGCAAGGUUUCUGCAAAGGAGCCCCCUGCUGGUGGCUCCUAUACGUCACAUCAGCACUGCGAUCGUCCUGGGCCUGAUGAUCCCAGUGUCCUUCAGUCUCUAUCCACAGCUUGGAACGAUCAAAAAGGAAAAGCUGGAAAAAGAAUUAGAGACUGCAGCGGUAAGUGGUGAACUAUUCUACCACAGGGGCCUCUGAGGCACCAGCAAACAAGCUCUGCAGACUGCAGUGUGGGAGCAGGAGGACCAAGUCCGUGUGACUUCACUGACUGGGCAGCACGAGAAGUAACCUUUACGGCCACAGGAUGCAGUGUUGCUUCAUACACUAGGAUGAUGAAUUCAGUCAUAAUUAAUUACAAAUUGAUAAAGGACAGAGUCCAUGUUUCGAUUCAGUUGAAUUUAAUAGCUGCAACUUGUAAGUGGAUGUAAAUUAACAAUGCACUGCAAAUUAAUUGUAAUCAUGAGUUUGUAACAAUGCCCUUCCUCGUACAGCUGUUCACGUUUCAAGUUUAGUGAUUUGGUUUACAAGUUUGAUCUUACAAAAGCAAAUCAUAUUACUCCAUUAUUUUAGUUAAAUUGACGUGUGGAUUUUCUUGACAGCACAGAUACUUACAUGUAUUUUUAGAACAAAUAGGAUAUUCCAGAAAUUUCAAGUAGCUUAGUUGAGUCUCCUAAAACCUAGAUGAGGACAUGCGUAGUGCACGCAACGUUAGUGUCUCAUUGAAUCUAUUCAGGCACAAAGACAGGCCUUUGAGAACAAGGUUAGAAUUGCCCAAGAAGUGAAACCAUAAAUUACAUUGUUUUCAAAAUAUCAAUAACAAUGUCAUAUUACAGUAACAAAUAGGUAUGCAACAUCAUUUGACAUAAUGGUCAUAUACAAAACCAAAGAAAUUGCUCCAGUAACUAACAAUAGCUGACAGUUUUCCAGGGAGGACACAUAUCCGUUAUGCCUCCACCCUUGGCAAUCGGUCUCCUGCUUAUCAAACUGAGGACACAAGGUUAGAAAAAUGCUAUCUGUUCUCCCUCUCAUCUGAGCAACACCCAAACAUGACAGAUUCCUUAUAUUGCAUUACCCAAAGAUAUUAGUUCCAUUUUGGCACUUUAUUCAUUAAUAAGAAUCGACAACACAUUGUUAAGAUAAAUGACAAAUAACAUAUUUCUCAUUUGCCAUGCAUCUUAUUUUAAUUCUGAAAUUUAAGAGGAUAAAUCAUGGUUCUUGAGACCUUAGUUUAUUUUAAGACUUAAUAGAAUAAUUUAUUGGAUUCCUGAACUAUGAAAUGCUAUGGCUAUGUGAUUUAUUAGACCGUUUAAGAUACAGCAGUGCUUAUAUUCCCUGCCAAUACAUUCUGCACCUGGGAAACAAGACAACCAUGUUCUCACUUGUUCAUAGAACAGUAAGACAAAGUAACUACAACCAAACACGUACCUCGUCAGUGUUCAAUGGAUUAGCCCUAUUUCACAUAUUGCCCAUAGCACCAAUAUUUUAGGUAUGUUAUUGUAUUAUUGUCAAGACAAUACUUUUACAAUAAAGAAAAUGUUUAUUAA